AUGAAUCCGCGAGCCCCUGGGUGGAAUAAGAGGUUGAGGAUUGGAGCUGCAGCACCGAGCAGGUCACCGUAUCCAAACCGCAUCAGUGCGUUCGAGAAGGCAGUAAGGAGGUUUGCUGAGAAUCCAACGGAGAAUGUUAUCACGCCAGUUAUCGGCACAACGUUCGACUCGGUGGAUCAGGCAUACGACUUCUACAAUUUGUACUCCUGGGAGAAGGGAUUUGGCAUUCGUUAUGGCAAAAGCAGGUUAAAUGUGGAGAGGACCAAAUGCAUGCAGGAAAUAGUUUGUGGUUGCUCGGGAAAAGCUGGGGUUGAGAACACGAGAUCUUGUCACUGUGAGUGUCCUGCUCUAAUUAGGCUGCUACGAGCGGAGGACAACGGAUGGUAUAUAGCGAAGCAUAGGGAUACGCACAACCACUCGUUGUCGCCUAAUUUUGGUGAGACAAUCCACUGGCCAUCUCACAAGCAUAUAGAUGUGUACAUCAGAGAUCUUGUGAAGUAG